AUGUCAACAAACAUUACUUUUCAUCCAGGAUCUGUUGACGCCCAGGAACGCGUUGGCUUACUCAAACAGAAGGGUGUUACUGUCUGGCUCACCGGACUUAGUGCUAGUGGCAAGUCAACGAUAGCAUGCGCUCUAGAGCAACAUCUCCUUCACUUACACAAAUUUACCUACCGGCUCGAUGGAGACAACGUUCGCUUUGGGCUCAAUAAGGACCUUGGUUUUGACGAGAAGUCCCGAGUGGAAAAUAUCAGGCGCAUAGGCGAGGUCUCCAAGUUAUUCGCAGACUCUGCUUGCAUUGCGAUCACAGCUUUUAUAUCGCCCUACAAAGCUGAUCGACAAGUAGCCCGUGAACUUCAUGAGAAAGGAGGCCUCGCGUUCAUCGAAGUGUUUGUUGAUGCCCCUCUCAGUGUGGUUGAACAGCGUGACCCGAAAGGGCUCUAUAAAGCAGCUCGUGCAGGAGAAAUCAAGGAAUUUACUGGCAUAUCUGCGCCAUACGAGGCCCCCGAAAAUCCUGAUAUACACAUCAAGACAAGCGAAUGUGAUGUAACUAUGGCAGUCGAGACCAUCGUUAAAUACCUCACCAAGCACAACUAUAUCUCAUAG